CAAAGCCUCAGAGGGAUUAACACAACUGGGUGCUUCAAAUGUGGGAGAACUGGUCAUAUUAAAGCGGAGUGUCCCUUACUCAAAAAGGACAAAGCAUUCACUGCUACUUGGAGUGGGAGUGAAGAUGAAGGAGAUGAUGAUGAUGAAGUGACUGUACAUAGGUCGUAUAUGGCCAUUGCAGAAGCAGCUGAAGAAGAAAGUGAAACUGUUUCUGCAGACAUGUUAUCUCAGAGAUGUCUUCAAGUGAGCAUGGAGACAUCCACCUGGAUCAUGGACAGUGGGUGCUCACAUCAUAUGACGGGUAACAAGUAUCUCUUCUCUAAACUUAAGUUAGGUAACUUUGGUAAAGUAUAUUUUGGUGAUAAUAACUCUGCU